AUGUCGUCGACAUCGGCCACGGCGUCCGCGACGUCGUCGGCAGCCUCGGCAUCCGCGAGCUCGACCGCGACCAUCCAGGUCUCUGGCAAUCUCAAAAUUGUCGGGAUUAUACUGGCCAUUGGAAGCGGGGUAUUGAUUGGGAGCAGUUUUGUAUUCAAGAAGAAGGGGUUGUUGCGCUCGCAGGCCGGGCAGGUGGCGGGCGAAGGUGUAGCAUAUCUCAAGUCGCCAUUAUGGUGGUUGGGCAUGAUCAUGAUGAUCCUAGGCGAACUAUGUAAUUUUGGCGCGUACGCCUUCGUAGAGGCUAUCGUUGUGACGCCUUUAGGCGCCCUGAGCGUCGUCAUCUCUGCGAUGUUGUCAUCAAUAUUCUUGAAGGAGAAGUUGACGUUCUUUGGAUGGUUGGGAUGCGGCCUGUCAAUCUUGGGCUCGGUGAUUAUCGCAUUAAACGGACCGUCAGAAACAACACCUGGGAAGAUUGACGAGUUUAGAUCACUCUUCAUCGCACCAGGAUUCCUCGCCUGGAUCGGAGUUCUCAUCACGGCCUCUUUGAUCAUCGCGAUAUACUUCGGUCCCAGAUAUGGCGACAAGAGCAUGUUCUGGUACAUCCUGGUUUGCUCUAUGAUUGGCGGUAUCAGUGUCAGCGUGACGACCGGUUUGGGCGCCGCGAUCGUGGAGACGGCGUACGGCGACAACCAGUUCACGCACUGGUUCAUCUACUUCCUACUCGUCUUCGUCGUCGUCACGCUAUUAACAGAAGUAUUCUAUCUCAACAAGGCAUUGGCAUGUUACAACACGGCUAUGGUCACGCCGACAUACUACGUUAUAUUUACAUUCUUCUCCAUGAUGUCGACCAUCAUCCUCUACAAAGGUCUCUCCGCGCCCGCCUCCCAAAUCAUCACGCUAGUAAUGGGCUUCCUCGUAAUCUGCUUCGGCAUCACCAUCCUCCAAAUGUCCAAGGUCGACCCCGAAGAACUCGGCAACAAGCUCGACAGGCGCUCGACCAUGCUCCUCCAAGCAGCCCGUCAACAGACGGAGACGCUAGACGAGAAGAACCCGCUCGGCGCAGAGGAACCGGGUAUAGACGCUUUGCGCGGCUCGUUUGGCACGUUCGGGUCCAUCAUCCGUGCGCGCUCCGCGAGGAGAAUGAGCCAGUCGAGCUACGCAUCCGGAGAUGGACCUCGGCGCGGUACCAGCUCGGGCUUCAAACCCGGUCUCCCAGCGCACCCGCGCGACAACCUCGCAGGCAUGCAACGCCACCAACUCUUCGAUAACCCAGUACCGCGCUUCGACCGGCGCGAGUCCGACUCCAUCUCAAUGCAAUCCCAACCCAGCGCGAGGAAACAGACCAUCAAGUUCGAUAACGAGGAUAUCGUUCAUCAAUAUCAUCGGGGCGCUGGACCGGACGGGAGCGCGAUACACGAGCACCGGCCGGCGGCUGGUGCCGUCUCGUCACCGUUAUCCCAGAUCCCGAGCUUACCGAGCUUGAACGAGUCGCUCGGGACUGUGUCUAUGGGCACUGUCAGCACGAACGAUAGCUCGCGGACAACGGCGGGCGGGAACUCGGCCGCGUCUAUGCAAUCUGCAUCGACGUACUCCGGAUUGCCACCCGCAAGCUACGCCGACGCCGAAGCCUACGGCCUGCGCAGUGCACCUGUUAUGGGAUCAAGUCCUCCAGAACAAUACACGGACCCGUUCGCCGCGUCGCCUUCGACGGCCACCAUCGGCUCGUUUGAUGCGGAAGCACAACGGAUACGGGGUGGCGGAAGGCAUAAUAGGGAGAGCAGCAGGCAUAGCGGGCGCUCGAAUAGGAGUUACCCGAGGAGUCAUGAUAAGGCUGAGGAUGCGGAGGAGAGCAUGAGGUUGUUCGACCAGAGCCAGAGCCAGAGUGAUGAGGAGGAUGUGGAUCAUGAGGGGCCGCCGCCGGGGAGCGUACGACUUGUACAGAACAGGCCGCCGAAGGGGAAUUACUUGUGA